AUGACUUGGAAGUUGGCAACCAGUCUUCUCUCAUCGUCAUCUCAGCCUUCUGGCAGAUGCACAGAUCAGUUCAGCCACGAGCAAAAUGCCGUCGAAGAAGGGCAACUUUGGCUAAGUCUGGUCGAGAAAGUGGUCUUUUGUCUGCCAGCAAAUGGACCAAACUGGCUGGUUCGUUAUGUCACUUUUCAGGUCGCCAGUUGGUCAACGGUUGUGGGGUCAAGAGGGCAAAUAAACGGCCCUAGAGGCCUCGUGUCUUCCUCAUCAAGUGCCCAGUCACACAACGUCCAUAUGCUCGCUGACGUGUCGUAA